AACGCGAACGCGGGCGCUCACAUAACACAUAACAAAGUUUUCACCACACACACACACACACACUCACAAGCAAACAAACCUACACACACACACACACACACACAGAGAGACAUACACCAACGCAUACGGACAUACGAGCAGACGAACAGACGGACAGACGAACACCAACCACACCAAUACAAUAACACGUACGCGUGCACCACAGUGGCGUGCAUGUGUACACGUAUACACAUAUACCCGUGCAUACAAAAUUUUCCAACAAUUUCAUUUUGGCCACUUUGCGCUGUUAAAGAGCAAAUUGGCAAAAGGCACCCACGGCAGGCACCACAACCAAAAAAACUCGUCGCUCGGUGGUCGUCUCGCUAAAUCGCAGUAAUCGCAAUAGUCGCAAUAAUCGUAAUAAUCGUAAUAAUCGUUGAAUUCCCUAAAACUCCUAAAAUCGCUAACCCCCCAAAUCGCUAAUGUCGCCAAUGUCGCUAAUAUCGCAAAAAUCGCGCAAAGUUUGAUGGAAAACAAAAUUCAGUGGCAUACAAUUGUGCGAAAAUUGAAACGAAAUCAAACCGUAAAAGUUAAUCAACAUUUUAAGCAAUUGAAGAAAAGAAGCCCGAGCUCCCCAGUUGCCUUAAUUGUGAGGAGCUGCCGUGCCAGUGCGCGAACCGAACGAACGUCAUCAUCAUAGCCAUUGCCAACAUCAUAAUCAACAUCUCUAUCAUUAUCAUCAGCAAUAGCAAUAGCAGCAGUAUCAUUGUGUCGUGUUGGAGGGCUAGAAAAAAUGUAGCCAAGAGCCCGAAGACUCCUUCAAGUUUACCGCUUAGCUGGUAGCUGGAGCUGUUCACCUGUUACCUGAGGCACACGCCACACCACUUAGCUACAGAGGAAUGGAAUCAAUAAACGAGAUAAUCGAUCCUCAAACAUUUAGCCGGCAAUUGGUAGACGAGACGAGUGAAUUAAUUGCCGUUGGUCACGGGCACGGGCACAGUCACCAGGACGAGGGAUCGCCGAUAUCGGCGAGCGGCGGUAACCAGGUGCACGAAGUGAUCGUUGAUGAACACGAUGUCGCCGUCGCACAGACUUUGAUUGCAGCUACAGGUGACAGUCGCUUAGGAGGGGACGAGGAGCCUAGUUCCGUAGUGAUGGUGAUUGACGGCAUGGGCCACAGCGGUGUGCAGACAACCUAUCAGAUUGUGCCUCAACAUCUACAGCUGCAGGGAAGGCCGUUGUCAAUGCCGUUGCGUCAGCAACGCCACGAUCGUCUAAACACCAGCAGUCCAGUGGACUUUGUGGGCACCGAUAUUACGUUGGAUGCACUGUCCAAUACAAACGGCAACGGACCACAAAUAGUCGCCGUCAAGCAGGAGCAUAAGUUGGUCAUCGUACAUCAGAACGAUGGCCUGACAAGCGGUGCCAGCCUCGGCAACCGACGAGUCAACCACUCACUGGACAUGGCAAACGUUAGCGUAAGCGUCAUGGAUGAGCUUUCGUCAGAUGGCGUGGAGGUCACCCUGAACCAGCACCACCAGCAUCAACAGUUGCUUGAACAGCAGCAGCAGCAAUAUAAUCAUCGGCAUGUCCAGUCCUCGGAUAUGCUCCACCACCAGCGUCUGCAGGAGCAUGUGCCACUCUCGCGACGUGGCGGACAACUGGUGCACCACAUACACGCUGGGGGUCACCAUGGAAAUCUGCACAGUGAAGCGUUGUCGGUGAUUGUGCAGUCGCAGGAGGACGACGACGAUGAAGAUGAUGACGACGAUGAUCGCGACUCUGCCGGCCAUUUACUUAGUCCGGCUCUGGGCGUCGGGGGUAACUCGCUGGAGCACAGCACCUAUCAGACUCUGACCUCAGUUAACGAGCGCAUAUCGCCGCCUGGUUUUAGUCCCACGUCGUACGCAACGCUCACGCCCAUUCAGCCGCUUCCGCCCAUAUCGACCAUGUCAGAUAAGUUCGCAUAUACCGGUCACAUCUCGGUAGGCAGUGCUACCUCAUCGGGCAGUGUCACAGGUGGCAGCGGCAGCAGCGGGGGAGGUGGUGGUAGCAACGACUGCGGUCCUUUUACUGGCCUGCCUAUGCCAGUGCAUCAUCAGAGUUCCCUGAGUGGCCUAAGCUUAAGCGGUCUUGGCGGUGUGCAGUCGCCGUACUCCUCCUACGAUAAGCUGCCUUCGAUGAUUUCACCACCACCACACAACUACGCUAGUUCGCCAUCGCAUACGCUAUCCGGGAUGGUUGUCUCGUGCGACUUGCAUGGAUCAUCCGUGUCGGUGCCGUCGCCAGGUGGUUGUGGGGCCCUUUCUCCGCAGUCGGAGCUGCAUUCACCUCAGCUGAAUGGUCGAAAAUCGGAUGGAGGUCAUGGAUUGCAAACGGUGCCCCUGCAAAAGCAGGUGAUCUGUCUAAGCCCGCCGGGUGCCAUCAGCGACGGCGUCGUGGUCUCCGACUAUGAGUCUAGCUACAGUGGACAUCAGCAUGAUCACGAUCACGAUCUCAUAAUGGCCACGUCCUCAUCCAG